AUGGGGCCCACGGUACCUCUGGGCCGUACCGACAGUGCCCUUGAAGAAAAAUCGGGGGCAGAAUCUGCCAGUGACACGCGUUACAGCUUUUUCAACUCCAGUCUCGAUACCGUGACUCGAGCCAAUGGCUUCUCACAUUUAGAAUCAAUUUGUGAACCCUUCAAGGAUUUCAAAGAGACAGGCGACCAUAAGGGGUUAUGGUGGCUGCAUGUCGCAUCGCCAUCCGAUGACGAUAUCGAAAUUUUAUCGCGCAUGUUCGGUCUCCACCCUCUGACUACGGAAGAUAUCAAGGUCCGCGAACUGCGCGAGAAAGUCGAACUUUUCGGUGCUUACUACUUUGUUUCUGUCCUGCCUCCCCGGCAACUCAAACUUAUAACGGUUCCCGAUGCCUCGUCCGCCAAUUUCUACGGCAUCGUGUUUCCCGAGGGAAUUCUCAGCAUCACUUUUGGUGAUGGCCAAGAUCCCGCCCAUGUCUGGAAACGGAUAAAGGAGCACCAAAGCGAUUUUUCUCCCACCAGUGAUUGGAUCUGCUAUGCGCUAAUUGACGAUAUCGUGGACGGCUUCGCUCCACAUAUUGACCGUGUCCAAACCGGCGUCGAGAUGAUGGAGGAUGGCCUCUCUGUCACUCGUCCCGAUGACAUCGGUCUAGCUCUCCAGAAUAUCUCCAAGUGCCGUAAGGAGGUCACCCAAAUCCGGCGACUUCUGCACGAUAAAACCGAUCUUAUUCGUUGUUUCGCCAGGCACUGCAAUUACUCGGUAUCCACGGCUGAAGAGAUCACACUGUAUCUUCGCGAUAUUGAAGAUCACGUUUUGACGAUGAUGUCUAAUCUUACUAGUGCCGAGCAGAUGCUCUCUCGGUCGCAAAGUAAAUAUCUGGCCCGGCUGGAUCUCGAUUCCACAUGCAUGCGUAACCAAAUCGCGAAUACUCUCAAUCGAGUGACAGUUAUCGGCACGAUUAUGGUCGUUGGGCAAGUUGUGUCUGGUUCUUUCGGUCAGAAUGUAAAUGUCCCUGGGGAGAAUGUGACAAACACUCAUUGGUGGUUUGGAAUCCUCUCGUUCAUUGUCGGAUUUACGGCACUGUUUAUAAUGUUCGCGAAAAGGGUUCGAUGGAUUUAG